AUGUUUGACGAGGACGACAAGCGGCGCACGGCCGAGCUGCCGGCGUCGUCCAAUGCGGGCAGGGGGCACGUCGCCUCCGGGGCGCCCGUGCUGCACCCGGCGCAGUCCGUGAACUAUGCCAGCGUGCUGGGACGCGACGAGGAGCCCCUGCGCGCGGCACUCGCGGUAUUCGACAAGAACGGGGACGGGGAGGUCUGUCCGGCGGAGCUGAUCGAGGCCCACCAGGCGUUUGAGCGCAUGAAGGCGGAGAAGGUGCUGUUCCGCAAGCUGCUGAUCGCGGCGGUGGUGCUGUGCUUCGUGAUGGUCGGCGCCACGGUCGGGCUGACGGCUGCCGUGGUCAUCACGACGAAGGAGUCGAAGGUGUCGUCGAGCGGGCUGCUGCGCGCGAACGACGGCUCCGAGACGCCCGUGCGCACCGCCGAGCGGCGCGGGACGGUGACCACGACGCCCGCUGCCACCGGGGCACGGCUCGCGAGGCGCUCCCUGCUGCAGACCCCCACCGUGGGCUCCGUGGUCGCGACGGCUCAGUGCGCGACGGCGUCCAAGUGGUUCGAGGACAUCGCGACCGAGGGCUUCACCGCCGACAUCGUCAUCCAAGAGCCGGGCGACGGCGUGUCGUCGAUCUCGUGCCGCGCAACGAGCGUUUCGCCGCCGAACACAAUUGACGGGUACGACCAGGCCAGGCCGUCGGAGACGUACCAGGUCGACUGCUCCGCCGUGGACCUGGACGCCGGUGGUGCGGACUGCUUUUGUCUCAUCUACUUGACGGGGUCCGACUUGUUCGUCGACGCGACGCCGGGCAGGCGCCGCAAGCUGGAGGAGCGCAGCAGCGGCAACGGAGUGUCGGCGGGCGAGGUGCUGGCUGCGGCGGCGCGGCACUUGGGCGUCGCUGAGGAGCUGACGCUGGUGGGCAGCGUGCUGCGCGAGCAGGGCGUUGCGAUCGCACGCAGCGCGAUGAUUGCGGCGGCGAAGCGUCACCUAGUGCAGCUGCGCACUGCGACCGGGAGGUCCGUGGCGGCGCAGGCGGUCCUGAGCGGCGGCAUGCGGACAGACGACGGCUGGCACCUGGCGGAGUGGACUUCGUACGGCUCCCGCGGGGCGCUGGUGUGUCCGCCCGCCGUGGGCGACGCGCACCUGGAGGGCGGGGACUGCCACGUGCUUGCGAGGGGCACGAUGAGGCGCUCGCUGCUGGGAGCAGUGAUGGGGGCCGAAGGGCCGCAAGUUGAAGGCCCGAGACCCGACGACCGGGAACUGCACGAGACCUGCAGCGGAGAAUGUCUGUUGGAGAGAUGUGGACGACCGGACAUUACCAGUGAGUCUGCUUGCAAGGCAGCACACGCUGACUGCAACUGGCGUGCGGAGGAAGGCAAGUGUACUGGUGCGUGCUUCAGCGGCGACGCCACACUCACCACCGUCGGCGGCGACGACCUUCGCAUCGGAGACGUCCGCGUGGGACAGCGCGUGGCAGUCCUCGCCCCGGACGGCAGGGCGGUGUUCUCGCCGGUGAUCGCCGUGUCGCACAACGAGCCGGAGGCCGUGCGGGCGAUGGUGACCGUGCAGACGGCCGCGGGCAAGGCGCUGAGCGCGACUCCGGACCACUACAUCUUCGUGCGGUGCGACGCGUGCGCGGGCGGGCGCGAGCGCGUGCGCUUCGACGCGGUGCGCGCCGGCGAGCACGAGGUGGCGGCGGUGUCUGGCGGGAAGGCGGCGUGGGUCGUCGUGACGGGCGUGCUCGUGGAGAACAAGGUCGGGCUGCACGUGGUGCACACGGCGUCCGGGUGGCCGCUGGUGGUAAGCGGCGUUGGCGCGAGCGAGUACAGCGACAACGGGCUGGAGCCGAUGGGCAAGGUGCUGCUGCCGGUGGCCGCGGUGCUGGCGCGCGUGUGGCCGAGCGGCAUGCAGGCGCUGUGCGACGUCCUGAUGGCGCUGGCGCACGGGGCGAGCGGCGAGACGGCCGGGUGGGAGGGCACGGUGGUGAGCAAGCUGGCGUGGCGGGUGCUGCGGGCGUCGUCGCGCGCGCUAGGCGGGGCGACCGCCGCGGCGUGA